CUGUCCACGGAUCAGGUGACAGGACGGGCGCCAGCCGGCUCACGUGACGAGAAGCCCACGUGACCACCCUCGGCCCCGCCCCCAUUCCGAGCCGUCGUCCAGCGUGAGUGCGUCACGGCCCCCACGUCAGGCGGCGCUUCGCACGCACAGAAGCUGGCAUUAAAAGUUAAUUGAGGACAGUGGGAGCGAAAGUAACGCGGCGGCUUUUAACAUGUUGAUUGCGCCCCGCCCUCCCUCCCUGCCCGUCUGGGGAUGGAUCUGAAUGAAGACCGGGAGCGCCUCGCCUCGCCUGCUGUACCUGUUGUAAUCCACCGCCUCCAGCCGCUUGUUGUUGUUUUGUGGCCGAAGUGGAAACGGGACCAAGAGCGGCUCCAACAGAUGGGGCAGGCAUUGUGGCGGGUUGCAAGAAAUCAGCAAAUGCAGCAUCAGCGAUACACCGAGGAAGACUACUACCUUGUAGAACAUGACCGGAGGCUUGCCGCAGCAAAUCGCAAGCAUGCCCAGCUUGGGGUAGACGUCUACCACAUCCUAAGAGUUGGCAGAUCAAAGGAAGAGCACAGAUUCCCAGAUCUGGAACUAUUGCCCCCAGAGUUAAGCUUAACCAUUCUAUCAUAUUUGAAUGCAACUGACCUCUGCUUGGCUUCGUGUGUCUGGCAGGACUUGGCUAAUGAUGAUGUUCUCUGGCAGGGGUUGUGCAAGUCCACCUGGGGUCACUGUUCCAUAUAUUAUCGAGUCCAUCCUUCAGGUUUAAACUACAGGCAACUCUACAUGCAGCUAGAUGAAGGCAGCCUUACCUUCAAUGCUAAUCCUCAUGAGGGAAUAGGCUACAUUUUUCGCAGAGGCAUACUGGACAAUGUCCCAAAGGAAAUUGCAAAGUUUAUUUUCUACACAAGAACACUAAAUUGGAAGAAACUUCGAAUUUAUUUAGAUGACAGGAGGGACGUGCUAGAUGAGCUUGUGACACUACACAACUUCAGCAACCAAUUCCUACCAAAUGCACUUAGAGAGUUCUUUCGGCACAUUCACGCUCCCGAAGAGCGAGGAGAGUACCUGGAGACGCUAAUCACCAAAUUCUCGCAGCGAUUCUGUGCUUGUAACCCAGCUGUGACCAGAGAACUUGGCCUGAGUCCAGAUGCUGUUUAUGUACUUUGCUAUUCUCUGAUCCUGCUUUCCAUCGAUUUGAAUAGCCCACACGUGAAGAACAAGAUGUCCAAGCGGGAAUUUAUCCGGAAUACUAGGCGUGCUGCCCACAAUAUUAGUGAGGAUUUUGUAGGACAUCUAUAUGACAAUAUCUACCUAGUUGGUCAUGUGGCUGCCUAAAAUGCAAAGCGCCAUUUGCAAAAUUAACAGAACAUUUAAACCUAUGAAAUUGCACAGUGAAGUAUAUUGUCCUCUUUAAAUGAGGAUUAUUUUAGUGCUGGUCAUUGUAAGCUUUUGUGUACAAUCAGAACCUUUCUGUUUCCAUCUUGCCAUUGUUAGCACUUUAGUAACUGAAUACUUGUUUAUAUUGUUAUAUAUUUUAUAUUGUUUGGGUAUCAUGAGUUGCACACAGUUGUGCCAAUGGUCUGAUGCAGCAGUUUGGGAAAUGGAUUCAUUCAAAACUGCCAUAAAAGUGCAAGGACUACACAGCACUAGAAGUUGGUAGCAGGAUUUACAAAUUAAGUGGGACAAUGACAUGACCCCUCUUCCCCCCCCCCCCCCCCCCCCC